AGCACAAACCACGCAGAGAGGAAAGGGGAGGAAGUCAGGAAGCUGCCUCUGACAGCUAGCUGACUGUACCGAAGAGAACCACUGUAGGAGAAAAAGAGGCCGAGUCCAGCUUCUCUGUGCAGAAUAAGACUCAGAAACAGUCACCGACAUGUCGAAAAACACCACGCCUGCUCGCUUCAGGCGCGUGGACGUGGACGAGUACGAUGAGAACAAGUUCGUGGACGAAGAGGACGGAGGAGAAAACCAGCUGGGUCCUGACGAGGCAGAGGUGGACUCCCUCAUCAGGCAAGGAAACCUUGUGGAGGCUUUACACGCAGUUCUUAAAAACCCACCAAUCAACACAAAGAACCAGAACGUCAAGGAGCGUGCAGAGGGUCUGGUCCUGAAGGUGCUCAGCGCCUUUAAGAGCAGCGACAUCGAGAAAGCGGUGCAGUCACUGGAUAAGAACGGCGUGGACCUGCUGAUGAAGUACAUCUACAAAGGCUUCGAGAGGCCGUCAGAGAACAGCAGCGCGGUCCUGCUGCAGUGGCACGAAAAGGCUCUGGCAGCUGGAGGAGUGGGCAGCAUCGUCAGGGUGCUCACAGCGAGGAAGACGGUCUAAAAAAAGAAGCUGAGGAUCAGUUCACUCCACAUCACUGACAGAUCCAGGAGGAUUGCAUCUGCACUGAACUGUUCAUGUAAUCUAAGAGACGACACAGGGACUGAAACGCAAAUCUGUUUUUUUUAACAUGAUGUAAAAGAUCCUGCUGCGUUCACGCUACACUGAGAAAGUCAAAUCAGAUCUGGGUCACGUUAGGUUAAAGAAACAGGUUUCUCGUUUCUCCCCUGGCAUCAUCACAGCCUACUAAAUCAUCAUCCUCACAGGGUGCUACAGAUAACUCGCCACCUCAUUUCCUGUGCCCCCCUUCUCCCUGCCUCAUUUCUAUCCUCCUCCUGCACACAGUGGCUCCAAACUGAGAGGAACAUCCUUCUGCUAAAACUAAAUCAUGUUAACUUCUACGACUUCCCUCAAAUCUAAGACCGCAUAGGGACAAAAAGAAAAACGAUUAGAGCUCCAAAGCUUUCAGGGAGCUAAAGUGUUCCCCAGUUUUUAAUCAGUCUAUGAAAUUACUCAAGUAGAAUGGCUUCAUUGUUCACGAUCCAAAGCCAAAUGUUGGGAGCCGCUGCCGCACACCAAACCUUCACACUUCUAUGAGCAAACACAGCGGGCAUGUCGCUCUCAGCAGAGACUCUGUGUCAGUAAAUCCUGCACAGACGGAGGCUGCUGCUGGGUUGUCUCAUGGGGGACGCUUUGCACCCGCAGGAGGUAGGGUGGAAGCGAGCAGGGGGCUGAAAUCCAUCCAUCCUUUCACGCCCCCCGCUGCCCCAGUUAAGCAUUAUUACCCACGAUGCAUCUCCCCCACCUCUCAUCUUAAUCCCCUAUUACUACUCCUCACAUCCUCUGUGUGUCUGCCUCACACAUGCAUCCUGUGCUACUGUACGGAGACUCAUGUGGCUCUGCUGGUUCUCUAUACUAGCUCCGUACCUUCAGGAGGAACCUUUCUCUAAGGUUUUUUUAUUUUGGUAUUUAACAGAUUUCAAAAUAAUCAAGGAUUAAUUUUUUUCUCUGGUUUUUAUGCUUUAUAAUCAUUUGUUUCUCAAUGCACAAUCCCUUCAUAAUACACUGAUGUAAAGGGUAAGCACGCUCCAUUUGCAGAGAGGACGAAGAUAAAAAUGGAGAGAAUUUUAAGCAUUACGAGAGAAUUUAAUUUGCAUGAUCCCACUUUUGAGAGUAUUUUUCUGAAGCAUUUCAUACCUGUCUUUUGUACAUGUUGUGUGUCUAUUCUGGACAAAUUAAGUGAUUUUUUUGUAUUGAAUUUAAGUUAAAAUUACUUCUCAUUCCUUUAAAAAAAAAAUCCUCAACACAUGGUGUUAAAAGUCAUCACAUUAACUUUUAAUUUCCAUGACUUUUAUACCAUGAGGAGGAGAGCUGGGGAAGUUUAAUCUGCCUUAUCAGGUAGAUCGUGUCUGUUGCCAAACGGUUUAUUGUGUUUCAUGAAAAUCAUGUAACAUUUAGGAUUUAGUUUCCCUUCAUGUAUUAGAGUUUAAUUCAGAGGAUUAAGUGUUGGAGUUUAAAAGGAACAUCAACCUAAAGUGAGGAAUUAAAAUCAGCUACCUUUAUCCCUCUGUAGAUCCUGAGUGACGAGAGCAGCGUAAUGUCCUCUUUGAGUUGAUUUCCUCAGAUUGGAAAUCCUCAGUAGAUGCUUUAUUUUUAAACACAAAGCCCUAACAGGAUGUGUAGUACAAGUUUCAUCAGUUGAUAUUUAGACAUGGGUGUCCAUGUUUGAAUACAGUCAUCAGUGAUGAUGCAUCCAGGCAUUAGAUCCCCUCUUCUAAUGCAGUAACGUCCGGUCCUACACGAAAAGAAACCAGAAGAAGAGCGCUUCAGUUCUUUCCUCUGGUUGAUGUAGUUCCAGACAGAUGCUCUUCUAGCCAAGAAGACGAGAGAGCAUACCAGACUGAUGUACAAACUGCCUUACUCAAUAUUCCUUUUUUAUGUUUGUGCUUUUUUGACAAUAAAAAUAAAAGGUAUGAAAGCUGA